UUUUGGGUUUCAGGGAGCGAGAGAGAUGGACUACAACCUAGCUGCUCUUAAGCUGCUGUGUGUCCAACUGAAAGACGCGCAAGAAACUUCUUCCGAGAACGCCAUGGAAUUGCACAACAUCAUAUUCCAACGUGCCUGGUUACAGGGCAUUUUGGUCGAUGUCUCCGCCGACGGAGAGUGCUUGUAUCUCGACGACGGCACCGGCGUCAUCGAGCUCUCCCUCAGACCCGAGUUUCGCGGCCGCCCUUGGAAUAUCGGAAUGUAUGUAAUGGUUGUUGGACGCUACAUGGUCCGUACGGAUGAGCCCCCAAUGAUCCAGGUUCACAAGAUGGUUGAUCUUUCGGCUUCCCCUGAUCGAGAGGCAAUGUGGUACCUUGAAGUUUUGGAGGCAUACAAAAUGUUCUAUCAGCCCUUAAUGGAAGGACCUGUGUAACCUUGUUUUUUUCUUUUUGUUUUUCUUAGACUAUUUAGCAGGGAUAGAAAGAUGAUUUACCACAUGUGCAGAUCCCAAACAAAGAAAAUUUUGUUCUGCUUUUUUCAGUGCCUAAACAAGGAGAAGACCCUUCACAUUAUGAACUCUUUGUUUGACAAAAUGUCACAUGUACAAGAUCGGGGUUGAUAGUUAUAUAGCUCAUACAGGCCCUGGAGUACCUUUGAACUGAUCAUAUUUGGUCCCCCUGCUUAGUUUCUGAGUACUUUGUAUGAUAAGGUGGCUGGGGAGGUUGACAGUCCCACCAUCUGUUCCAGCCUUGCCUCGGUGGUGCUGGAGGGGCAGUUUCGGCUUCAGCAAUGAUGUUCUCACAACUUUAUGUUCCUUUUCCUGUUGGAGAUCCAAAGAAAUUUUGUUCCUCCUAGUGAUAUUUUGUAACAAACCUUUGUCGCUGUGACUCUAGUCUAUUCUUUGAA